AGGGUAUCCUGUGGAAAGCUCUUUGUACCCUAAACGAGCGAUCAUAUAUAAAACUAACGAUCCUAGACAAAGUCCUCCGACUAAUGUCAAACUAUUUUACAACACGAGUUCUGCUUUUGUGCCGCCUAAUGCUGAGACUUCCUCCACCGAUUCUGGGCAAGGUUCUAGUGACGAAGAACCGAGCUCAAUGAGUGAAUUGGAACUUCAAAGUUUGAAAGUGAAGCAACGGCAAUUCUACAUCGAGGAGAAAAUGCAUAAACAACUAAUGCGUCAAGAUUAUACGAGUGAUGAGAAAAAGUGCGUGCGUUGCGGUAAAGGAUUUUUCGUUACCAAUGAUGGUGAAUACUUAACUCAAGAGCACUGUGCUUAUCACUGGGGCAGAUUGCAAAUUAACCCUGAUAACACUUACAAAAAGCAGGAAUACACAUGCUGCAAAGGCAAAUUAAAUUCCAAUGGCUGUGAAACUGGAAGAUUGCAUGUGUGGAAUGGUGUGGAUUUUGGAGUUAAUGGUCCAUUCGAUGGCUAUGUUAAAACCAAGACUCGCAAGAGUAAAAUGGAUAAUCCUGGUGUUUAUGCUUUAGAUUGUGAAAUGUGUUACACAGCUCAUGGUCUAGAAUUAGCUAAACUUACUGUAGUUGGCAGUGAUGGCAGAUUGGUCUACGAUGCUUUCGUCAAACCAGAAACUGAAAUAGUAGAUUACAACACAAGAUUCUCUGGAAUAACCGCCAGGGAUCUAUCAAAGCGAAACGGUACCACCUGCAAAUCUUUAAAAGAAGUACAACAUGAUCUUUUAGAAUUUAUAUAUGCAGACACCAUCUUAAUCGGUCAUGGUUUAGAAAAUGACCUGCGUGCUUUGAAAAUCCUGCACAAUACAGUCAUCGACACAGCCAUUGCCUUCCCACACUAUUAUGGCUUACCAUUUAGAAGAAGCUUGAGAAGUUUAGCCAGUAGUUUCUUAAAACGUGAUAUACAGUGUUCCGAGAGUGGACAUGACAGCUUUGAGGAUGCUCGGGCCUGCGUUGAACUGAUGCUGUGGAGAAUCAGAAAAGAUCGAAGUAAUAGUAACAGCAUCAAGCAAGAUGCUAAUUAGGUGCUAGAGUGAAUGAAUAGGUGUGAAUUUUGUGAUACGAUUUCUUAUGUAUUUAAAAUCAUGUUCUUUUAACACAUCAGUUACAUAUUUAAAGUAUGUAUCUUUUUUAAAAUCACUUCGAAUCUUGAGCUUAACA